UCGGGAAAAUCUUCGGAGUUUGAUUGAGGGGAACGAUUUCUGCAUAUUCCCAAUUCCCCGUUUGUUUUGGGGAAAAUAAACAAGAUGAAAAUUUGGGCGCCUGAGUUCGGGUUCAUUGUGAUUUUGGUGCUUUUGUCUGUGCAAGCGGUAUGUGGGAUUAGGUUUGUGAUUGAUAGAGAAGAAUGCUUCUCCCAUAAUGUUGAAUAUGAAGGGGAUACAAUUCACGCAUCAUUUGUGGUGAUUAAGGUUGAUGCUUCAUGGCAUUAUAGUAAAGAUGGUGUUGAUCUUGUUGUGAAGGGACCUUCUGGUAAUCAAAUUCAAGAUUACCGUGACAAGACAAGUGAGAAGUUUGAGUUCAUGGCUCAUGAAAAAGGACUUCAUCAGUUCUGCUUUACUAACAAGUCUCCUUAUCAUGAAACCAUAGACUUCGACGUAUAUACUGGUCAUUUUGCAUACUAUGAUCAGCAUGCAAAAGAUGAGCAUUUUAAUCCUUUAUUAGAACAGAUAUCAAAAUUAGAGGAAGCACUUUACAACAUUCAGUUUGAACAGCAUUGGCUUGAGGCUCAGACUGAACGCCAGGCUAGAGUAAAUGAUGCAAUGAGCCGGAGAGCAGUUUACAAAGCCUUCUAUGAAUCAGCAGCACUUAUUGGGGCUAGUAUCCUCCAAGUCUACCUUCUACGACGCCUGUUUGAACGGAAGCUUGGAACAUCUAGAGUUUAGGUUCAGUGCUGCCAUAGAAUAUUUAUAGAUUGUAGAAUUUUGGUGCCCGAAAAUGCAAUUUUAGGCUCUUGCCUUGGAUACUAUUUGCCUAUUUGAUGGUUGAAUGAUAAUGGUUUUUAUAGUUGCUUGAGUAACUUUGCCCAUGAUUGUGGUUGCUGCGGCUUGGCUUCUCAUAUUGAUAGCCCCCCAUAUUACACAUCACACGUUAUU